UCUUCGUUCCACUGUUCGCAGAUGACGUGUUGGAAGUCUUCAAGUCGCCUCAUCCAUUUAUCGUCAUUGCAAGCCAAGAAGUGGAAUAAAAAUAUUCUUCGCUUAAUUUCGGGUUAAAACAUCGUUAUAGAUGGUUUAAAACCACCUCUCCAUCCGACUCGUUAUAGAAGCUAUGUGAAUUCGUGGUUCGAAGAAAAUCAUUGUGCAAAUAUCGGAAGAUUGGUUGCGAAAUUGGAGUAAGUGUUGGGUAUUUUGUUUUGAACCAGGCAAAUCAAGUGUUGUCCGAAUAUGGCUUUAAUGACGAUGAUUGCCCGGGUGGUCGACGGUCUUCCACUGGUCGGAACGAUGCAGGAAGAUGAGCAGUCCGGAAGAAGCGUACUGGAGUACCAGAACCAGGCCAAAAUGCUAUUCCGAAAGUUAGGUCCCAAUUCUCCGGCGCGCUGCAGCAUCGAAACGGGUCCUUAUCUGUUCCACUAUCUGAUCGAAAACGAAGUCUGUUAUCUGGUGCUCUGUGAUAAGAUGUUCUCCAAGCGGAUUGCGUUCAAUUAUCUGGAAGACAUCGCCCAGGAAUUCCACAACAACUAUGGACGGAAGGUAAAUUCCGUGACGCGGCCGUACGCCUUCAUCGAGUUCGAUAUCUACAUCCAGAAGGCGAAGAAAUCUUUAACCGACCGGCGAAGGAACAUCAAUACGAUCAACACACAGCUGCAGGAUGUCCAAAGGAUAAUGGUCCAGAACAUCGAUGACGUCCUCCAGCGCGGCACAGUGCUCUCAGAGCUGGACACGAAAACGCAAAACCUGUCGAUGCUGUCGCAGAAGUACAAGAAGGAUGCCACCUACUUGAAUCGGAAAUCUCUGUACGUGAAGGGAGCCGUGGCCGGAAUCGUGAUCAUAGUAUUCAUCCUCUACUUUUGGGUUAUUUAAUCUCUCGUGCGUAAUGAUCGUCGUCGUCGUCGCCGUACAAUAAAAUUAAGAUGCUUAGCCGGAUGAUAAAUACUGACACAGUGUUGAAUUGACCUAGUUGAUAAGGUGAGAGGUGGACAAAGGGCGUUCCGAAAAAGUGGCGGGCCAAAUUUUACUGAAUAUGAGUUGAAAGUGCAUGAAACGUGUUAAUGUGUUUUCUGUUCCAUUAAUUUGAAACCUGCAUAACUUAAUUUUCUGUAUUGCAAGAUGGGGCAACGUAAAUAUAAUUAUUAAACUUUCAAAGUAACUUUUGCAGAGUUGCUUUGAGUAAUUUACCAUUCUCUUUAGAAAAAGUUCAUUAAAACUCAAGAUGUAAUUCAGAACAUCUACAAAUUUAACAGUUGUAUAUUCGUUCAGAAAGUAGCGUUCUCUGAAUUUCCAAUAAUCGACAAUUUGCCCCAUCUUGUCUACCUAGUAUCUUCAGUCCAAUUUAUGUUGAAAACUGGGCACUCAUAGAGAAAUGGAUGUAAAUAUUUCAGAUGGAUACUUUUCAAUAAUUAGUGACUGAAAUUAGAAAGCUGUAGUAACGAAUGGCCACUGGGAAGUUUAAUUCGUAGAUAGAGUUUGCAUUGAUUUGGAAUAUUUAAAUUGUCUUGUGUUGUUAUGUUCUAGAUUGGUGAACCAUUGAGUUUAAUUAUACUACUGAGAAGAAUAAAGUAUCUACUAUUCAUAAAAA